AUGGCUGCGCUUUCCUUUAUCGACUUAGCCCGCGAGCUGCGCGAUAUGGUCUACGAGUACUACGUCGCGAUCGAUGGCGGCUACGUCUUCGACCCUGAGUCUGACAAGCUCAAAGCCCCCUCACCGCGUGCGCAUCUAUUUGCCCUUCAGCGGACGUACAAGCGUGUUACCGAUGAAAUAACGGGCCUCGCCUUCAUCCACAAUCUCGUUACCUUUUCUACAAUUCUCCGCAUGCGAGACCGCGCCUUUCUCGUCGAAUUCUUGUUUGACUUGUAUUUUAAUGCUGUUCGCCUUCGCCUGUCGGACAAGUAUUGGAACAUUCCCUCUGACGAGGAGCUCGAAAAAAUGCCCAAAGCCCUGAGGCCGACUGAGGAGAACCGCUUCCUUUACCAUUUCUCGGCCGCGGCAGCAGCCAUCCGGUUCCUCCGGUCCAACCCAUCCAGCCGCGUCCACGUACGCAGGAUUCUUCUCGAUGAAGACCGCGAAGCUGUCGCCUACCCUGAAACUCACGGAAAAGGGCUCGUUCCGUUUUGUGCCGAAAACCCCCACCUCCGUAUCGAACGGCGCGUUAGCCUCUAG